UAAAUAUCAGAAUGAAAACUCAAAAAAAUCUUUUCCAGAGAACACGCACCAACUAACAAGAAGCAAUGCAAGAUUUGAGGAGAAACUCUUCUUUUGUGUUUCAAACUUUCAAUACCUUCAAAAUCCUCACAAACUGAUAUUAUUAAUAUUAUUAUUUUUAUUAUCACCCCCUUUUUUGCCCUAAUCUUCUUCUAACUCAUUCUUCACCUCAUCAAACCCUAAUUCUCUCAAUUUCUCACACAUCUGCUCUUCAAUUCUCAAAAAUCACAUCAAUUUUCACUCAAAUUCGAUUACGUUUACAUUGAUCGGUUUCAAUUUGCAGUUCGUUGUUCAUAUUCUUCACUGAUGAUGAUAAUGAUGAUUUCAACCGAAUGCAUGUAUGCAAUCCAGUGAUCUCCAAUCAUAACCGUUAGGUUUUGCUCUACACGAUCUCUCUAAAUGUCCGGCGAGCCGUCAAUAUCUCCGAUCCAUUGCUCAAACGAUAUCAAAACCGACAACAAACCUGCAGAAAACGACAAUAACGGAAGCGGUUAUGUAGCGAGGAGAGAGAGACCGUCUCGCGCGUGUACUGCACGCUCCGCUGCUCGUCUCCAAGCGGCUGCGGUUGCGGAAGCGGCGGUUGCCGGUGGCCGGAAGCAGAAGUCAAAACGGCAGCGUUUCCGGCGAGAAGUGGAGGAGGAGGAGGAAGAAGAGCCGCCGCCGUCUCCUCCGAAUCCGUACAGUAGUAUUGUGACGCCGUUGGUGCGAGAGCUUCCGUUGUCGCAGUUGUCACGGUUGAGUAUUAGGUCUAUGCCGGAGCUGGCUGCAAUUCUUAAUUUUUUAAAUGUUUUUAGGCCUCUUUUGAAUAUUGAAGUUGAGUUCUCUGUGGAGGAGUUUGAGACGGCUUUGAUUACGCCGAAUGGUACUUUGAGUGACAUUCAUAUUCCAUUGUUAAAGGCAAUACCCCCUGUUGCUCGGGCAUUAGGAAGAAACACAUGGGUUACUGUUCUAUGCAGAAAGCUAAGAGAUUGGUGGCACUGGGUUGCCGAAGGGGAAUUACCUAUUGUUGCAUCACAUGGGGCAGAGAUUGAAACGUACAAUACACUUGAUCCUAGUGUUCGUGUGAUGAUAUUGAAAGCUUUAUGUGAUAUUCGUGUUGAGCAAGAAGAUAUCAGAAGCUAUAUAGAUGACUCUAUAAAAAACGGUGUCCCUCUUUCAGCAUUUCGUAAAGAACGUGCAGGUGGCGACUCUCAUGGGGUUUAUUUCUGGUACGAGGAUGAUCCUAUAAUCGGGCAGAGAUUAUACCGUGAAAUUAGGACAGUUGAAGUAAAGAAAGGGAAGGGGAAAAACGUACAGUGCGUUCCAUCUUACCAGUGGGAAACCGUUGCUACUAAUUUGGAAGAAUUUCAAGACGUUUCAGAAAAACUAUCUUGUAGCAAAAACCGAACCGAGGCUUCGCUCGGGGAGAAAUUAAAAAAUGACAUGCUACCCGAGAUUGAGAAGGUCCAUAAGAGGAAAGAGAAGCUGCUCAAGAAGCAACAACGAGAAGCUCUUCUUCUUGAUGGCAUGAUUAUCGAUCCACUUGGCACUGGGCGCUCCAUGCGUGGCAGAAAACCCGUGUCCUACACAUUUGAUGAUUACGACCGAUCAAUCAACGAGGCUAUCAAGACAACAACAGCGAAGCAACCAUUGCCCGAACCUACCGUGAGAAGAGAAGGUUUAAGACAUGCUACUUCUUCAAAUGGUACAACGGGUGGUCCUUCACAAAGUUUUCAUCAACCUGUGCUAAGUCCAUCAUCUCCCGAUGCGCUGAAUUUUGAUGAAACUGACGAGGACCAUGCAUCGGAACCAUUGGAUCGAAGGAAGAGACAGCGACCUCAAAGAUACUCAGCACACGACUUUGUAGAAACAGUUUCAGAUAAUAAUGCAGGGAUGUAUAGUGAGGAUGAUAUCGCUGGGGAAGCGGUAUACGAUGAUGAAUAUGUGAAACAACGAAAAGGAAGGAGGAAGAUGUCGAGUAGCUCCGAAGAGGAAGAAGACGAGUAUCAUUUGGAAGAAGAAAAUGCCGAUGAAGAUGAAUAUGAAGAAGAAGAUGAUUCUAUGAGUGAAAGUGAAGACAGUGAUAGGCCACAAAGAUUUACGAAACUGCCAUCCCGAACAAGGGGUAAAAAACUGAGGUCGGUUGGUGAACUUCAGCCAGGUCUUCGGCGCAGUAAACGCGCUACACGCAACCGUAUUGAUUACACGCGAUAUGAGUUUUCAGAGUCGGAACCCGAGUUAGAUAACAAGCCCAACAAGUCAAAUGCUUCUGAUAAAAGCUCAGAAGCAAAUGAUUCUCCAGGUUUUUCAGUGGGAAGUGAGGACACUGAUGCAAAUGAUGACAAUGAUAACCAUAAUGACCAUGUGGCCGAUAGUGAUAAUCAUAAUGACGUGAUGGUUGACCGGUCAACCAUUAUCGAGCAACACCCAAAGACUGAAAAGGAAGAACAGAGUGAACCUGAACCGCCGCCACCCACGAAAGUAGACGAGCCUGUCCAAGAUGAUUUUAAAGACGGUGAAGAGAAAAGAGGGUUUCUUGAUCUAAAUGAGCUCGCACCAGGUUCAGGCGUUGAUGAAUGUUCGGUAUUAAAGGAUGGAAAUACAGAUAAUGUAUGAUAUAUCAUAUAUAAUAUAUGUUAGUUUUGAUAUUUAAGGAAAAUUAGGAGGAUGCUUCGUUGGUGAAAUUUUAUGCAGCCCAUCUCCAACGUAUGCUGAGAAAAUAUGUAUCAUCUUUCUUUUCUUCUUUUUAUUUUUUUAGUAUUUUAUUUUAUAUUUAAAGAAACCUGAAAGUAAGGGUGAUUUGUUGUGCUUUAGUGACUAUUUUUGUUGGCCCCAAAUAACAUUUUACUUGACAUUUAGCGAUCAUAUGAUGUUCAAGAACCCUAGUUUAUUUAAGAUAUAUUGUGGAGGUUGUAAAGUGCUUUAA